CCGGCUCAUGCAUUAAUCAAUCUUGGCCGUACACGUAUGUCAGCUUAACUCCCACUCCUCUUGUAUAUAUGACUCAUAAAAUAAUGGUAAGCUGAAGCACAGAGCAUGGCUAAAACUCUAAGCCCCUGCAAUUUCAUCCCCCUCCUCAUCGCCAUCGCCCUCCCUCUCUCUCUCCUAUCCACCGCCGUGGAUCCUCCUGAAGUUGCUUCUGCGGCUCGAUGUGAUCCGCCUUACACGCCUAAUGCCUGCGGUAUUGAUGAAGAGCAUCUACCCUCUAAUGGCCUAGUUGGUGCUGUUGAUGAAGAGCUAUGGAACAAAGCAGGGACCCCGCCGUGUGGUGCCAUCUUCCAGGUACGAUGCAUCGAGGGGCCUGGCGCUUGCCGUUAUGGGACAACUGUAAAUGUCACCAUAACCGAUCGCAUUCAACAAAUGGUAUCUGCACCUUCCAGCCCUGGCGUUCGCUUUGCGCUCUCCUCAAAAGCGUAUGGCUCUAUCGCGGAUCCGGGGAAGGAUUCAAUCAAAAUCCAAUACCAAAAGCUUUCGUGAGCAAGGCCAAACUUGUUUGCAUCUCGUAUGAGGGCACAUAAUACUAAAACUAAAUGAGAUGUCAGUUGUAGUUUCCAGAAUUUGGUCUCUUAAUGUAAUGAUUGAAGAGGAUGCGAAAAGAUUUGUUUUAAUUUACAGGAGCAAGCCGUGGGUUUUGUUAUUACUUUCAGCACACAGAGUUUUAAAAAUGACAUCUAGUUUCAUGAAUGUCUAAAAAAAAUGUAUAUAUGUUUACAUCUAUGAAAUCAAUGAACUAAUUUUUA